UGUUUUUAUUGUUUCCCGACUUUAUCGCGGAACAGAGAAACAGAGAGACUUUCAAUAAUUCUAAGAAAAUUAAUUUCCUUUUUUCUCAAACUAUCUUUUUCCAGAUUUCUAAACAUUUUCAGGCUCGUUUGAUCUUUUUUUUCCCGACAUUUAUUCAAACUUUUCAGAAACAGAUCCUUCCUUUGUGAUUUUCUGAAGUAUUUACUCUCAUCAUCAUUUUCUUGGGUUGAUUCAAUGGCAGAAUCAAGGUAAAAACAGAGAUUGGCUGAAACAGAAUCGGAACAUAAGAAUAAGACAAAACCCGUGUUGGCAAAAGAUCUGAAGAUAUGUUUUGUUGCGGUGGUGCGGAUGAGGAACCCGCCGGUCCGCCCGCAAACCAGUAUGCAGCCCCUCCUAACAAAGCCGGAAAUCCCAAUUUUGGCGGUGGGAAUAGAGGGGAACCGAGGAAUCCGAAUGCACCGAGAUCAGGAGCUCCUGCAAAGGUUUUGCCCAUAGAGAUCCCUUCUGUUGCAUUGGAUGAGUUGAACAGAAUGGCGGGUAACUUCGGAAACAAGGCACUGAUCGGUGAAGGUUCUUAUGGACGUGUCUUCUGCGGCAAGUUUAAAGGAGAAGCUGUUGCUAUCAAGAAACUUGAUGCUAGUUCUUCUGAAGAACCUGACUCAGAUUUCACCUCACAGUUAUCGGUGGUAUCGCGGCUCAAACACGACCAUUUUGUGGAGUUGCUGGGGUACUGCUUGGAGGCAAAUAAUCGCAUUCUCAUUUACCAGUUUGCAACUAAAGGUUCUUUACAUGAUGUAUUACACGGGAGAAAGGGAGUGCAAGGGGCUGAGCCAGGACCGGUGCUGAACUGGAACCAAAGGGUAAAGAUUGCAUAUGGAGCAGCCAAAGGGCUUGAGUUCCUUCACGAGAAGGUCCAGCCACCAAUAGUCCAUAGGGACGUGAGGUCGAGCAAUGUCUUGUUGUUUGAUGACUUUGUGGCCAAAAUGGCUGAUUUCAACUUGACCAAUGCUUCCUCCGAUACCGCGGCUAGGCUUCAUUCUACUCGUGUUUUGGGAACAUUCGGCUACCACGCUCCAGAGUAUUAUACCAUAAACCCGUUAAUUCAUUUGUUUAAAACAACCUGAUAGUUCUUGAUAACGUAAGAGUUUUGUUGUCUUAGGUAUGCAAUGACAGGACAGAUAACGCAGAAGAGUGAUGUGUAUAGUUUUGGUGUUGUGCUAUUGGAGCUCUUGACAGGAAGAAAACCCGUAGAUCAUACCAUGCCUAAAGGCCAACAAAGUCUUGUUACUUGGGCAACACCGAGACUAAGUGAAGACAAAGUGAAACAAUGCAUAGAUCCUAAGCUUAACAAUGACUUUCCUCCCAAAGCAGUCGCCAAGUUGGCAGCCGUGGCGGCCUUGUGUGUUCAGUAUGAGGCAGAUUUCCGACCAAACAUGACCAUCGUUGUCAAGGCACUUCAGCCUCUUCUAAACUCUAAACCGGCCGGUCCUGAGUCUACGUCCUAAACUAAACAAUAUACCAUUUCUCUUGUUUUUGUUCAUGUUGUUGUUAUUAUGGCUAUUUUCUCCCUCUUUUCUGUUCCAAGAACUAUGAUUAUUGGUUGUAAGAUGUUGUUAUUUAAGCGAAUGUAACUUAUAUUUUUCAUUUGGUUUAACACCCCUUUCGUUUUUUA